CACCCUCUCUCUCUCUCUCCCCAUAGAUCUGGUCCGCGACCACAGCUACAGACGUAAGACCAUCAUGGUGGCACUGGUGUCGGUCAGCUCUGUGUCGCUGGUCAUCGUGUUGAGCUACCUGGUGUACCGGGUGUGUCUGAACCCCAAACCCUCCAGCCCCCAGCCCUCCACGCUAACCCCAGGGGAUGGAGACACGGAGAGUGUGACACCCAGCGAUUUGAACAUCGAGGAUCUCAAGGUGGAAGACGUGUUGGUGCGGGGUCGCUACAGCGAGGUACGGAGGGGUCACCUGGGGGAACAGGAAGUGG